AUGGCUCACGGCAGCCCAGUGCCUAAAUUCUACAAAUCGGUCAUUGAUGAUGUGAUUGAAGGAAUCCAAGAUGUUUUUGUGGAAGAAGGUGUAGAUGAACAAAUUCUGAAGGAGCUCAAGCGGCGCUGGGAAAUGAAAGUGAUGCAGUCUAAAGCAACUGAAGGUUUCUUCCACCAUAAUCAUGUUUUGCCCCAGUUCACCCUGCAUCUUCCAUCCAGCUUCCAAGCCCUGCAGACGACAGGUGUUACUGCAGGCAGAGGAAUGCAUCAGUUCACUACCUGUACAACACCAGCAGUAGCAGCUGAACUAGAGUCUUCCCAGUCUAGUGGGGCCAUCCUUUCUCUGCCUUCUGGCCUUACCUAUCCUAUCCAAAUACCUCCUGGUGUGACUCUUCAGACAACCUCUGGACACUUGUAUAAAGUCAACAUGCCUGUGGUUGUCACUCAAACUACUGAUGGAGGAACUGCCAUUCAGACUCCACUUGAACAAAUGUUCCAGCAAGUUGGGAAGCAAUCCUUGGUGCCUCAGCCACCCCCAGUUAAUAUUAUACAGGCAAAUAUGUCUUCUGUUCAAGAAACCAGCAAUGGUAGCUUGCUGACCUCAAAGCUGCCUGUGCCUCAGCACCUAAAGAUGGGGCAUAAAGACUUGCUUGGGGCUACUGCUGCCACACUAGAAGCCACCAGAAGUCAGGGGGAAGUAGGGACCCUGGUAAGCCUGCAGCCCUGCAGUUCUUUACAGACUCCCCAGAUAGCUGUUACAACUGUUCCUAUUGCAAAGUCAUCUGGAGUAGACAACCCCAGGUCCAGAGAAGCAAGAGAAGGAAUUUCUUCUGCUGGGGGACAAUUGUCUGUGAAUCUUGAUCAGCCUCCCGAACCUGAUGAUAUAAUUGAGCUGAUAAUUAUGGGCAAUGACUUGGAUGACCCUGCCCUUCUGUCUGAUGAAACCAGCCUCUCUUUUGUUGAAGAGUUAGAUACCAGUGUGCAAAUGGAAUCAGACCUGCUGGCCCAGAAAAAUACUUCCAAUGGCCUUGAGGAAAUCAUUCAACUAGAUGGGACAAGUGAUCUCUCACCCAAAGCAGAAAUAGAAAGUCCAAGAGAUGGAGAAGAUGAGGAGCUUGUGGGUAUAAUUGAUGCUGAAGAUUUAAAAGUCCUGGAUGAGGAAGAAGAGGAGGAAGGUGAAAAUAGCACUUCAGACAAUCAGUCUCUCAACAGUACCAGCGAUGCUGAUGAAUCCUCAGUUGAUAUUGUUGAGGAGGAUCCUUUAAAUUCCGGUGAUGAUGUUAGUGAACAAGAAACACCUGAUGUUUUUGACACCGAUAAUAUAAUAGUAUGCCAAUAUGACAAGGUUCAGCGAAGUAAGAACAGAUGGAAAUUCUACUUGAAAGACGGUGUGAUGUGCUUUGGGGGAAAGGACUACAUUUUCUCCAAAGCCAUUGGAGAUGCAGAGUGGUGA